AUGGGCUUGGGUCAAGAAAACGUCUGGCUUUCGCGGCUUUCGUUUGAGCUUCAUUCCGCACCUACUCGGCAGACGACCGGCGGCAGUCUGCACCCACUCCACUCACCGGCGAUCUACUCUGCCUCUACCGACUACCACGAAAAGGUUAUUCGAAAAGAAGGCAUCAAAAGAAGGUUGAAGAUUAGAAAUCUACGAAGUAGAAAAUGCAGAAGAACUUCACUCUCCUACAAACGGUAUGGAUUCAUGUUCGGGAGAGAGUCGGCGCGCAAGGAGCUAGGUGACUUGAUCGAGUCCCUUCGCAAUCCCAAUUCUGACCCUGUUCCCUCUAUGCCUCAUAAAGAAUCCUGA